CGGGCAGGGCGUCACCAUGGCGACGGGACGCAGACAGUCUAGAAACUUAUGUUACUACCUCGGGUUGUAGUCAAAAGCGGUUCAAAUAGCAUACCUCUAGAGUCUAAAGAUUGACGUUUUACCAUUUUGCACGAAGCAAUAUAUUCGUCGGUCUAUAAUCAAAUGUCACACAGCCAUGCUGCUUAGCGUUAAACAGAUUUAACCUAUCUUCUGUCUCAGAGAGGUCAACACUAAUGAAAGAAAUGGCAGCUGCUCCAAAAGCAAUUCCUUCAAGACUGCGGGCAGUGAGGACGUUUAAAAAAGCAGACAAAUUAUCUCCAGCGUCCUCUCGGAACUUUCUAGAAAGACUGCCUUCUGAGAUCCUGAUGAAGAUUCUGUCAUACCUGGAUGCCUCUGCUCUCUUCAUCCUUGGCCACGUCAGUAAGCUCCUCUAUCAGCACGCAAACGAAAACACUCUAUGGAAAAAGAUUUACAUCGCAGAGUUUGGCAAGAAUAAAAAGCGUAAACCUAAAUCCGUGGACGGGCUGCUGCUGAGGACAUCCAGAGAGGAGGUGCGGGAUGGAGCCUUGGGCUACUGGAAGUGGCUUCACUUCCGGACUAUGGCCGCUUGUGACAUGAACAAGUGGGUAAGACGUCUUGGGCUCAUCAGCUGUCACACUGGGCUGCCAAGUCAAACAGAGCAGGUCCUCAGAAACUUGCACGUCACCUGGGAGCUCACAGUCUCUGAUAAGUCAGGACAGGAGGGCACAUACGAGCCGAGCUGGUCCCGCUUCUGCAAGACUUCUGUGACUCUGUGCUGGAGCGGAGGAGGCUGCCUUCCUGACUACCGGCAGAUCUCCACCCUUCAACUGCACGGCGUCAGGAGGAUAGCCCUCAACUGCCCGGGCCUAAAGAAACCUGGCUGGAGUUCCCUCAUGGCGAAGGUAGACAUGCAGGCUCACACUGAAAGCGCACAGGUCAUUGGUCAGGACCGGCUGGUUGAACUGAAGCUGCUGCAUCCUGGCAUCAUCAUCGGAGUAUGGAAGGACCAGUGCUCUGUUGCCUUCAUCAUGUUCACCCUCCACUUCCAUAUGCUGGUGGAAAGAAGCGUCCAGGGGUCUUCUGUUUGCCCCUAUGUGGAGCCAACGUUCAACCCCCCUUUUGAUGAUAUAGACCCUGAGUAUGGUCUCCAUGGUUACCAGCUACACAUUGAUCUCCACAACACCGUAAAUGAGAUCAUGUCCAGAAGCUUCUCCCAGCUCUUCUGCCGGAAAACCCAGAUCUGUGAUGGUCUAAUCCAGUUUAGUGCCAUUAGCAGGGCAGACUUGUCGCAGCACACACCUCUGUCAGGAAGCGUCACCCUGCCCUGGAGGUGUGAGGCCCUGCAGGGCGCAGUGGAGAAUUGCUGCAUCAUGAAUCUGACCCUGCUGGAUGAAUUCAAGAAACCCUUCUGGUGUGUCAGCUCCUCGGUUUCCAUGCAGCCUCAGAAGAUGCCUGUCUCCUAUGACUACAAUGGGGAGCACUUCCUCAUCCACUAUCAGGACUCAGACGGUCAGGUGAAGAUGACACUUGUAUGGAUGGAGGAAGAUAAGCGUAUGUUACUCAUAAACUUGGUUGUUUGUGUGACUGUUUUCAAAGUCAACAAAUAUUUCAGUCAAGAUUACUGAAGCUGUAUUAUUUCUGGAAAUAUUUUAUUUAUUAAAGCUGACAAGACCUUGUUUGAAGGAAAAUAUUUUUCCAUCAGAUUAACUAAACACUUUUAGAAGUUUAUAAUAAAAACUGUAAAUUUAAAUAAAUGUAUCAAGAGGUGAAUUGUUGUCGAGUAGAGUGUUGCACUUUAGAAGCAUACUUCCCUGAGUAAUACCUGUUUUUCAGUUUUAGUUUAUUAUUUAUUAGUAUCAGGGACAGUGUAAAGAAUAACAUUAGUAUCAGAAGGGAAAAGAUGCUUUCUACAAGAUUUAGCUAAUUUCCAUCUGUUGUCCCUGAGCAGAUGAUGGCAACAUUUAAAUACAGAUCAGCCAGUCACCCACGCACACAUUUCAUAAGAGAGAAGAAGAACACAGUGCAAUACACAGAUAUUAAAACAGUAUGUACAAGUUUCCCUGAGUUGUAAAAAGUUGAGAUGACAACAAAAUGCUGACAAGACUGGUUCCUUAAAAUCAAUGAAUUGACUUUGUGGGAGAAAGUUUGGAUGUUUGUGCAAAGUUUCACAUUAGUUGGGAGAUUAUUCCCAGCUUUAAUGGCUUUAAAAGAAAAAGCAGGUCGUGAAAAAGCGGAGCAACAUUUAGGAAUACUACAAUCUCCGCUUCAGGCAGACCUUGAAGCUCUGCUCAUGUGCUCAGAGUGAAGUUUCACACAAAGCUAUUUAACGUUGGGGGAGCAAUGUUGAUGAUUAUCCUAUACACUAAGCGCACAUCUUAAUACAACUUUUGCUUAUAAAUUCUGAAUCAACUCAAAAAGCAUUUUUUAACAAGUACAGUUAUAUUUUAUGAUGUGCUUUGAACUUAUAUUAACUUUUUAUUUGAAUGUGCAAAUUGUCCUCCUGUUAUAUCUUAACUUGUGUUUCCUUAGUCAGUCGAGGUUAACACAAAGUCUAGCUGCAAAUCAUUUUGUCGUAUUUAAUUUACUAUAUUAUGAAUCAUAUCUUUUUACAUCACAAAAAAAUAGUGAUGGGAAAGAAUAUCGAUUGGAACAUUUAAUUACCCUUUAAUUUAAUAAAAAUGACUUAUGUAGAUCAGAUAAAAUGAUAGUAAAGAAUCUUUUUGGACUGGGAUAGUAAUGGAAUGAAGAGGUCUCUAACUGCCUGGAUGGUCAGUGAAUCAAAACAAACACAAAAAAAAUGUUGCACAGGAAAAUAAAAACUCCAGCCUGUUUGUCAGACGCAGCAUGCACCUCUGUAAGGAAGCGUCACCCUGCCCUGGAGGUGUGAGGCCCUGCAGGGUGCAGUGGAGGAACAGAACGUGCUGUUGGCUUCUUGCACACUCCCUCGCUGUUGGUUAGACAUGUUUAGUGUCUAUUAUGAUGAAAAAAAAUAAUGUUCAAAUUUUUAAAAGAAGUCGUUCCAUUAUAGUUAAUGUCUUAUAUAGGAGCUGUUAAUGUUUCUGUUAAUUUGAUCAUCAUCAAAGUAACAUUGAACAUGUCAAAGUGUUUUUUUUUUUGCUUUGAGGUGAUGAAGGUCUUUGCAGUCUGUAAUUUUUUUCCGUCAUUAUCCCACACUACCUUUCCACUAUCAUCACUUUUAGUGACUCCAGAACAGUUUUGACUUUUAUUGGGUGUCACCUUGCAUGUGCACACUGUUUAAAAGGUGAUUGUUGGGAUUGCUUGUCGAGAAUGGGAAUCCAUUAAAGAUGAUUUAUUUUUAUUUUCACGCAUAACACCUGAAGGAGACUCUAAAUUAUCUUUCACAUCCUCCCACUUUGCUGCAUUUAUCAAUUAGCAGAUCCCCUCUUAACACAAGAAUCUUUAUUGCUGGAGUUUUAUUUAUCACUCUUACUAUUGUUGUAGUUUUUAUGUAUUUAUGGUUAUUGCAGUUUUCCUUCGUUGUAUUAUUAAUGCAUUUACUCU